AUGGCUGAAACUAGUGACCAGGUUGACACCUUCAACAACAAUGCAGGCACGUGUUGCGUUUGUUACAAGAAUGUUGAAAUCUACAGCAUUGGAAUGUGCGAGCAUCCCGUUUGUUAUGAGUGCAGCACGCGAAUGCGAGUGCUUUGCCAGCAGAACGAGUGUCCGAUAUGCCGCCAAGACUUGCCAAAAGUUGUCUUCACCCGUGAAAUAAAACCCUUCCGUCAUAUUCGCAAGGGGAAGCUCUUUGAUGAGCGCUAUAAUAUUUAUUUUGACGAUGAGGAGAUCCAAGAGGAGUUCACCAAACUCCUGGCUCAGGUCUGUACUAUUUGCGAGCCUAAGGAAGUCUUUAGUACGUUCAACAGUCUUAAAGAUCAUAUGAGAAGAAAGCAUGAGCUACAUUAUUGUGAUCUUUGUGUUGAAAAUCUCAAGAUAUUCUCCUUCGAGCGUCGCUGCUACUCUCGAGCGGACUUGGCCCAGCACCGGCGAAAGGGCGACAAAGAUGACAAGAGCCACAAAGGGCACCCUUUAUGCGAAUUUUGCGACUGCAGAUACAUGGACAACGAUGAGUUAUUCCGUCACUUGCGCCGGGACCACUUAUUCUGUCACUUCUGCGACGCGGAUGGCCUGCACCAGUACUACAGUUCCUACGAGUACCUCCGGGAGCAUUUCCGCGCCGAGCACUACCUCUGCGAAGAGGGGACCUGCGCCGCGGAACAGUUCACCAGUGUCUUCCGCAGCGACAUCGACCUGAAAGCUCACAUAGCAACAGCCCACGGAAAGCACCUAGGCAAGCACGCGGCCAAGCAAGCCCGUACUUUAGAACUAGAAUUCGCAUUUGCGCCCCGAGAAAACCGUAAUGGCCGUCAAAGCAGAGCCCUGGGAGGUUCUGGAGUCAGAUCUAACUUUUACGAUCACGGAAUGGGAGGAUCUUCAAGGGAAAACCGCGAAAGAGACAGCCAGGUGGAUGACAGCGAGGUUAAUUGGGUCGAUGAACCCAUCGCUCGGCAGCCGGAUGUCCAAAGCACCGAAGAAUUUCCUUCGCUGAGUAACUCUCAGACUGUAAUUCCUAAUUUCAAUUUAAUGAAGACCAAAGGUCGCGGAAAUUUGACGAUAAGAAGCAUGAUGAAGGGACCAGCGUUAGCUGUCACUGAUGAAAAUUUCCCCGCUCUUGGUCUUGGUCUUAAUCUCGACCCACCAGCAGCUAAUAGCAGCAGCAGCAGCAGUAGCAGCAGAACUGUUAAUUUAAGUGUCUCUAGCAAUAAAAAAGCUGCUCAGCAACGUCCUAAAAGCGCAACGCCUGACGUAUCCAUCCAAGUAAAUCACAACACCAACGGUAGCAUAACUACUCGUGUUUCCGGACCGAAAAUAAGAAUAAGACCUUGUCAAUUAUCAAUGAACUCCCGAGAAUUUCCUGCUUUGGGUCGCGCUGAGCCUACUACUUACACUGCCACUACAAAUGUAGGCCAGUGGACCAAAGUUACUUGCGUAAAACCAGCCAUAAAUAACAAAGUAGCUCCUGCUCCUAAGCUUGAGUCAAAAACUCCCUCACCACCGCCAAUGAAUUGCAACGCUUUUCCUAGUCUGCCCGCGCAGAAGUCGACUCGCGCUAAAAAACAGCAACCCUCUACUAGCUCAAUAUCUUCAGCUUCAGCUUGGAACCAAAAAACCAGCGAAAGCUCGGAUCCCAAUACGGCGGAUGCUGCUAAGAAUAAUUCCAAGAAGAAAAAGAAGAAGAAAAUUAAUAAAGCUGAAGGGGAAUUAAGCGGUUUUUUGGUGGAGAGUAAAGUUAGUGAUAAUAAUUUGGAAAGGUCUAAUUCUAGUGGAAAAAAUGAGACCAAUGAUUUUAGUAAAAGUUCCAAGAAAAAAGCUAGUAAUAAAUCUACGGAAGAAUCGGUUUCGGCAAGUACAACGACGACUACUCCGAGAAAACGCUCGGAAUUAAAAAUAGAAAGCUUGAAUAAAGCUACGAAUGAUUUACAAGUUAGUGAUGAUUUUCCGGAGUUGAAAAAUUCUAAAUCUAAUUCUAAUCCACCGCCGGGAUUUAGCAUAGCUCCACCGCCUCCGGGGUUCGCGGUUAAGUUGAUAAACCGUGAGAUUAAAAAUAAUGAUAAUGGGUUGACUUUUACAAGCAGCUCUGGGGAAAGUUACUCUAUUUUACCUGACAAGUCGACUAAGUUAUUUGCUUACUCUCCGCCGCCUGAUUUUCAAAAGCGCAAUCAAGAUCUUGUGGCGAGAAUAUCAAAAGUUCUAGACCGUCAAGAAUCUAUUGAAGAGUUUCGGUAUGUCAGUGGAUUGUUUAGACAAGAUUUGUGCAGCGCUGAGGAUUAUUAUAGGCACUGCAGAGAUUCUAUGGGGGCUAAAGAGUUUGGGAGUGUCUUCUCGGAGAUGCUGGUCCUUUUGCCGGAUAUUCAGAAGCAAAGAGAACUCUUUGAUGUUCAUAGAAAUGAAGGUGGGAAUAUUAUUCUUUUGGAAGUUUGUCCAACUUGCGAGCAAGUUAUUAAAAUUGGAACUGACGCUAAAGCUCAUUACUCCAGCCAUUCACGUGACAGCCACUUUCCGGCACUAGGAAGCGGUGGAGGGUCGCUGACUUCUAACUCCUGGCGGAAAUUUACAUGA